CCCACCACUCCCUUACAUCCCAAUCCCACUCUUCCUUUCCCUCCUUUUAUUCUCCCUCGCCCUCCUUUCUUUCUCUGGGACAGCAAACGGCUAAGAUGAAGCUGCUGGGUUGGAUGCACCGCAAGUUUCGGCAGAACAGCGGCGAUGUGUUAAAGGACUAUGGCAACGGCGGCACGUGCAAUUGCCUCUCCGGACGUCCGUCUCUGGGCGAGGACCUCCACCGCCGCCGCCGCAGCCAAUACGAACCCUUCAAGGCAAGGAGCCUCCGCCUGGAGGUGGAGGAGCUUAUCGACGGCGGGAACGGUGGCGGCGGGAAUGCGGCGAUGGAGGAGUUGCUCGGGGGACUCCUCACUAUCGGAACUUUAGGGUCCGGAACGGGGCCGAUCGAGGACAAGGAGGAGGAGGAGGAGGAAGAAGAGGAGAAUGAGGCGGGAAGCGAGGACGAUGAGAAACAGUUGACAGUGUCGGCGCAGGAGGAGGAGGUAGUCGUAACCCCGGCGGCGCUGGAGGCGAUCGCGGAGAAAGAGGCGGAGUCGACUACGGAGACGGACCUGCUGGUGGUGAGCGCGGAGCUGGAAAAGGUGCUGACGGCAGAGGCGGAGAAGGGCGGUGGCCGGAUAUCCUCCGCCCGUUCUAGCUACGCCGGGUCGGCGGCGUGCCCGCUCCAGGGGUUCUUGUUCGGGUCGCCAAUCGAGGUGGCGGAGACGAUGGCGACGGCGGCGGACGCGCGGAAGGAGAGGCGGGCCUCGCUGGGGGAGCUGUUCAUGAUAAGCCGGAUCACGGAGGAGGAAGGCGGCGGCGGCAGCGGAACUGCAGAGCAGGUCAAGUUCGCCGGAGGCCACGAUGAGGACGGGAAAUCGACGGCUGAGAUAUGCCUGAUGAAGAAGAAGAUGACUAAACGCCGUGGCGGUAAGGGAUCGGACGGUGGUGGUCCAUCGAAUGGUUCAACGGUGGAGACGAAGUUCCAAAAGAUCCUUCAGUUCUUUCACAAAAAGGUUCACCCCGAGAGCAGCAUCAUGAGUAAGAAACCUUCCAAGACCGGCAAGAACGAGAAGAAAGAGUACGCGCAUCCGGUCGGAGGCAGUGAACCCGCCGGCACCGACGGCUGCACGGCGGCCUCCGCGAAAGUUGGCCCGUGCAGGAAAGAACACAUUCCAGACCUCAACUUCUGCUACAACCCUCCGGCCCAUGCUUUCGGUGGUGAUGACUCCAACGGCAGUCGGGAGCAUUGGAUUAAGACGGAUGCAGACUAUUUGGUGCUAGAGCUAUAGAAGGAGAGGAGUAAUCUUUGAGUUCAUGGAUCCAAAAAGAAGUGAAGGAUGUGUCUGUCUGUCUGGUAGCAGAGGGUCUGUGUCAAAUCAAAUCAUACAAAACUUUUUUAAGGGUGUGCGGUGGUGUCUUCUGAUGUGACUAAAAAUAACGAAACAGUAGUAGCAGCCUAUGUGAAAGUUAUUUAUACUUCUAUUAUCUACUCCUUAUUUGUACUGUGUUUGUGUGUUGGAUUGAAUAGACUACUCCUAAGUUAAAAGUUCCAUACAUGAAUGGCUCCCAUGCUUUUUUUGCUUCCUGUCGUCA